AUGGAAUGCCAGAGAUGUCCCGUAUCGGGUAGAAAUUUAGCGACUGUUGAGUCUAGGAAGGAAAAGUUUUGCGAUGAAUGCUUCAUCAAGUUCGUUAGUACUAAACAAAGAAAGCAGAUGAUGAAGGAUGAAUUUUUCAGAAAUCUGUUCAAGGUCUUAUACCCACUUGAAAAAGAAGGAUCUGUUGCCAGGAUACUGCUGCCUUUGUCACUUUCUGACUCAGGGUCCUUGGCUAUGUUAGAUAUUGUCCAUGAUUUGCUUUUAGAGCAAGUUAAGCAGCAUAAUAAUCACACGGGUUUUACGGUCGAUAUACUUACCAUAUUUACCGGGGAAACCGUUUCUAUUGUAAAGGAACGUAUGGAAUCAUUGGUAAAGGAAAAAUUGUUGAAACUGAAUAAACCUAACAUAUAUAAAGUUCACUUCAUUGAUAUUAAUGAAUUUUUCAGUAACACAUCGAGAGUAUCGAAUUUAAUCAUAGACGAUGGAAAUUUUGAAAUUUUUGCGAAAUCAAAAUCGGUAGAUAGUGGCAGUAGAUUAUGCUUGAGGGAAAUAUUAGGUGAAUAUUGUCUAAAUAAUUCAUCCAGAACUGACUUAACGUCGAUCAUUAAAACCCAAUUAAUCAAGCAUUUUGCAUACGAAAACGACAAUGAUGCAAUAAUAUGGGGCCAUUCCAUGACAAAACUAUCUGAGGUUAUUAUUUCCCUUGUGGUGAAGGGUAAAGGUUCCCAAAUAGCGACCUUUUUGGACUCUGAAUCAUUCGACACUUUGGAUAAUAGACCAUGUAAUUAUAAAAAUUUAUAUCCAAUGAAAGAUUUACUUUCCGUCGAAAUCGAAAGUUUUUUGCAAAUCAAAAGUUUGACAAGGUUUCUCAUUAACUUUGAGGAAACUAAUGCUAAGCCCAACUGUUUAAUUGCUAAAAAAUCAUCACCCUUGCUUGAUCAACAAAAGCUGGUUAAAAACAUGACAAUUAACGAGAUUACCACCAAAUAUUUUCAAGAUAUUCAAAAUGAUUAUUCGAAUAUAAUAUCGACAGUUCUAAGAACCGCAGAUAAAUUGACAGAACCCAGGUCAAGCAUGACAAAGCCAUCACAAUGUCAAAUAUGCCAAUCUAAGAUAUACACUGAUCCAUCCAGUUGGCUAGAUAGGAUUACAGUUACUUCUUCUUGUCCUAUAGAAACCAGUGAAGAGGAAUCUGCAUUCAAACAGUGGCAAGAUUCGAAAUUGGGACAAUCCCACACACGUUACGUGGAGCUCUUAAAUGAAAUUAAAAAAGAUACGGCAAAUAACCACGAUGUUGAUGAUAAAGAUGUCAAACUAUGUUAUGGUUGUCUGAUAUUAUUGAAUACCAGUGUCAAGGAUAAAAAUUUGAUUUGGCCUGAAGUUGAUACCAUGAGUAGUUUGUUAAGUUCGACAAAGGAUGAUAAGGAAUUAAAUGAGAUACUAAAUCAAUUUGAAAUUAAUUCUGAUAGGGAAGAAUGUUGA